GAGAGGCUUUCUCUUGCCAUCAUCUCUGCGCACUUCACGUAUUUUUUUAACUUUUUCGUGAAUUUCAAUCUCCAUCGUUUACUGUGCAAACACAACCGGAUGUGAUGUCUUCGUUCUUCCUUUAACCCCUUUUAGCAUCGACAGUCAUUAAAAGAUGGCGGCGCCCAUGAGAACGCAUACGGGAUAAAAGAGUUUUGUUUAAGCUUUGCCUAUCAUGUGGCCCAGUAUGUUAUGUUCUUUGCGGGUUUGCUCUACAAUUGCUUGGAGUGCAAGUCGCACUGGUGUCCAUUCCAGUCUCUUAAAGAGGAGAUUGACUCAAAGACUUAAUGUGUUGGUUUCUUGUGUGCAUGGAAAGGACUCUGCUAUAAAGCAUUUGCUGGGGGUUAAUGAAGAAACAACCUCCAGUGACCAUCUGUGCCAACACCCACCAGCUGUCUCCUAUGAUAAAGUUGAACAUGACAGUUUGUUAAUACACAGACCAGAUCAGCCAGUGAAUGCUAAAGUUCUUAGAAUUGCCAUUAUAGGUGCUCCAAAUGCUGGAAAAUCAACAUUAUCCAACCAGCUUCUAGGAAGAAAGGUUUUUCCAGUGUCAAAGAAAGUACACACAACUCGUUGUCAAGCACAAGGUGUUAUUACUGAGGGGGAGACACAACUGAUUCUUCUAGACACUCCUGGAAUGGUUACUGCUUCAAAAGUCAAAAGACAUAACUUGGAGAAAUCCUUACUGCAUGAUCCAUGGCAAUCGAUGGAAUCAGCUGACCUAGUGCUGGUUCUGUUGGAUGUCUCUGAUCACUGGACCAGAUGUUCGCUAAACUUUGAAGUUCUCAAGUGUUUGUCUCAGUACCAGAAUAUCCCCAGUAUACUAGUAAUGAACAAAGUGGAUCUGAUAAAACAGAAAGGGAUUCUGCUUGACUUGACAAACCAACUGACUGAGGGGAUCGUGAACGGCAAGAAAAUUGUAAUCAAGUCAUUGGCCAAAGCUUCCCAAAACCGAGAUGCUAAGGCAAAUGUGGCAUCCUCCCCUUCAACUCAGAUUCAAGAUGAUACUGGGCCCCUAAAGGAAAGCAAUUUAGUUACAGAAUCUCCUCAAGUGACUGGAGAUUCUGCAGCUUCCAUUUCUGAAAGGAACCAGGACUUCCGGGAUUUAAAGGGCAAGAAAGGCUGGCCUCAUUUUCAGGAUGUGUUCAUGCUUUCUGCUGUGAAUGGAGAUGAGGUGCAGACACUGAAGAGAUAUCUUAUGUCUCUUGCCAAGCCUGGUGAGUGGGAAUACCACAGUGAUGUGGUAACUUCCCAAUCACCUCAGGAAAUCUGCAACAAUAUUAUACGGGAGAAGCUUCUGGAGUAUUUGCCACAGGAAGUUCCAUAUAAUGUUUCUCAAAUUACAGAGGUGUGGGAGGAAGGUCCUGGAGGAGAACUAGUCAUUCUGCAGACCUUGUUGGUACAAAAAGAAAAUCAUGUGAAACUUCUCAUUGGAGUUGGUGGCCAGAUGAUCAAGAGGAUUGCACUUGAAGCAGGCCAAGACCUCAUGAAUGUUUUCCUAUGUGAUGUUCGAGUGAGAUUAUCCGUAAAGGUAAAGAAGUGAUUACCCGGUGCAAGACCUCCAGCUCUGCAUAAAAGUAGGGCCAUAUAAAGACAAGCCAAACAAGUCACAGGUUUUUUUUGCACUUUGGAAAGGAUUCGUUCGCUUCUCUUCAUAACCCCGACUGGGAAGAUUUAGGGAAAUGUGCUUGAUUAGUGUGAAAACUUCUUUAAGUUAAAAUCAAUUAAAAAUACACACUGUAUUUGAAGUGAAUAUUUCAGCAUAGUAUCAAAGUCUCUCACUGAUGCCCAUCGGUUUGUGCUGUUUCUGGAGUAGAAAAGUACUGGCGUUCUCUCCAUGCAGUGUAGUGACUUUUGGGUGCACCAGGAUUACGUCACUUAGCCUGGCACUUUUCGUCAAUUAGACCUCCUCAAAAGCUUCAUUGAGUUGCCUUUCUACAUAUAUAUAUAAAAAUGGCCAAAUCUCACUCAAAAAACACCCAGGAGGGAUACAGCAAUUUUAUAUUACAAGAUGGUACAUUAUGUAAUGUGGCAGAAGAUUUAGUAAAACUGAGCAAGCUUGGAAUGUGUUUGCAAGACCAAACUCAAUGUUCCAGCAGGGAAGAUGGACAAAGAAGAAUAUAUAACAUAUCAAAGUACCCACAAUGGACUGCCUAACGUUUAAUCAAGUCAUUUACACAGUGUGAACAAUUAUGGCAAUCAUAUUUAUUUGACACUUAUGUUUUUAUCAGACUGGUUACUUUAUUUGCUGAAGUCCAGAAAGAAAAUAUGCUAAUUGUUUAAAACAAAAUGAUAUUGUUCAAAAUACAUUGCUUUUCUACAA